GCCCCUCUCUUCUGCCCCGGCUUCUCAAACCCAAAUCGAACCGGCAGCCCCGUCGCCAAGCAUAGAAUAUAUAGAUUUCUUCCGACAGCCUCGUUCGUACAUUCCGGCGUAUAAAUGAUCCUUCGGCCUCGUACGUUUCAGAGGCGCUUCCUCUGCACCCAGAUUUCCGACCACCCCCACCACUCCAACCACCGCUGCCGAUGGCCGAUAAAGCAGGUGACAAAGACCAAUUUCUCGGAGGCGUUAGCCGAGUUCAAGACCCACAUCCAUGACACGGACUUCGUGGCCGUGUCGUUGCAGAAGACUGGGUCCUACUCUUCUCCCUGGCACCGAGUGCUCCCCGUCGACACCCCCGACACCGCCUAUUUCAAGGCCAAGUACGCUGCCGAGAGGUUUCAGGUUCUUCAGUUCGCCGUUUGUCCUUUCUCCGUUAGGGCUUCAAAAGUCAUCGCCCACCCAUACAACUUUCAUCUGUUCCCAAGGGAUGAGUUCAAAAUAGGGAUGCCUUCCUAUAGUUUUUCAUGCCAGUCAUCAUACUUGACAUCUAUGGCUCGAGAAGGUUUUGAUUUCAAUGCCUGUAUAUAUGAUGGCAUAUCAUAUUUAUCCAGAUCACAAGAAUCAGCUUCGAUAGCUCGGAUAGGGAACCUUGUGCCUAGUAAAUGCGUACUGCAAUCCUCCUCUGCCCUUUCGGUUGCUGAUGCAGUUUUUGUUGAAAGGAUUAAAUCACGAGUUAAGCAUUGGAUAAAUACAAUUAAAGACACAGGCCCAAAGAAUGAAGGGACAGAUGCAUUAAUAAAUUCCUUGAGAAAACUUAUCUUAGGAAGUGAACAGCAUGGGUCUAGGCCAUGCUUGAGCAUCGAUGUUUGCAGCGAACGCCAAGUGCAGCUUGUGGUAGAGAUGCUGAGAGACUUCUCUGAUGACCUUGUUCCUUUAUUAAGUCCAGCCAAGGGUGGGGGAACCCAAGCAGUUCGAGUUGUUUUGACUGGCUCAAAAGAAGACAGGGAAACUUUUGAGAGGGAGCUUGAAAAUCUGGAAGAGGAGCAAAAUAAGCGUGUUCGUGGCUUUCGAGAGGUGAUCGAUUUGAUUUCUGCUUCUCAGAAACCUGUUGUUGCCCACAACUCACUCAACGAUUUUUCGUUCAUUUAUUCAAAUUUCCUUUCCUCAUUACCUUCUAGCAUGGAUGAGUUCAGGAGCUGCUUACAUUUGGUUUUCCCCCACAUACUUGAUGUCAGCUAUUUGAUGAAGGAAAUUGGCCCUCUCAGAAAGGUUACCAAUUUACCUGCAGCUAUUUCUUUUUUGAAAGGACGAUUCUUUUCGCCAAUUGAUAUGGAGAUCAGUCACCAAGCUGAUGGGAAUGAGGGCAAGAUCCAUGGCCAUAAUGUUUUGAGGAUAAGCGAAUUGUUCGCUAAACUGUGCUCUAUUCUCAAAAUUUCCCCUGAAACUCUCAAAGAUGAUGAUAGCCAUUUACCCUUGGUCCUUCAAGGCUAUGCAAACACCUUCACUCCUCACUCCACAAACUCCCAAGACCCAGUUGACGAGGAUGUCUCAAUUUGGACAGACAACCCAAGAAAAGUUGAAUGUAAGGAUUUGGUUUUCUUGUGGGGAUUCAGAGGUGGGAUGUCCGCGAAAAUGCUAAACAAAUUGCUCCGCGACUCCCAUGAAGUGUUUUCUGAAGAAUUUGAUGUGCGAUUUUUGGAUAGGAGUUGCGCUGUUGUUGUUUUCUGGAAGUCUGGUUCAUCGGAAACUUUUCUGGAGGCAAUUGACUCUGGAGGGAAAUGCUGUGAAUCGCUGAGGGAGAUGAUCUCAGAAGGCUUAAGGGCUGCAGAUUAUCAGAUUUACAGGAGAGCUUGUCGGUUGGGUUUAUGGAAAUCAGAUUUAGCAGAUUCUUUGGACAAAGCUGUGGCAGAAUGUGACAGUAAUUCGGAAGCUGAUUCCACAGGGCCAUUGGAGAUCUGUUGGAACAAUGACUUGAUGAUUAACCUGGAUGAUUUGUAAUGUGUAGUUUUUUUUCCUUUUUACUUUGCUAUUGAUAUUGUAACAAUUUUGAUAUAGGUCAGUGCCCUUAUUUAUUUGGGAGGCAAUUUAGGUUUUUGCUGACCAAAAAUGGAAAGGGUUUUCGUUGAAUGAUUUAUUUAUUUUUAAAUGUGAAAUGUAAUUGUAUUAUUUCCUCAA